GGAGGUCCAUACCCCAUUCGACAUCAUUCAUUAUGCGACUCCCUCUAAAUUUGCUUUGCCUGACUCUGUCAAUACUUCCUAGAACAUUCGCAGUCUUCGUAGAUGAAGCUUACACGGUUGACUACCAUCACGAAUUACUAGGUCUCCCACAAUCAGACACAACCUUCUUCUACAAACCCAGGGAAACUGAACAUGGCGCGCUAUUAUAUACAUUGAGUGAUCUUGGCGUCCUUGGAGCUGUCAAUCCAGGCACGGGGGACGUUCGAUGGCGACAACUACUGGCGAAUGGCGAUAAUCACGGAGAAGGAUUUCUGCGACCAGUUGAGGGAGCUGGUACAAUUAUUAGUGCUUUGGGCAGCAGAGUUGAUGCUUGGGAUGCGAAGAGUGGAAGGGAAAGAUGGGGAAACACUUUCACAGGACAAGCAAAAGAUGUGGAAGUUGUUGAGGGCUUUGACAAUAUCAAGGAUGUUCUGACUUUAUUCGAAGAUGCUGGAAAAGUCGUGGUACGAAAACUUAACGGAGAUAAUGGAGAUGUCGUUUGGGAAUAUGUUGAUGCAAGUGGUGAUUUACCUCUGCAAGUCAGCACAAAUGUUAGAGACAUUUUUGUUGUCACUCUUCACGGUUCCUGGGGAGGCUAUAGCGUCAAAGUUACGACUCUUGAUCAUUUGACGGGUAAAAGAGUUACUGAAUACACACUCUCCACCAAGGGAGAUGUUCAUACACCGGAGGAUGUCUUACUUGUCGGAGCGAACUCUGCUGCUCCCAUCAUUGCUUGGACCGAUAGGUCGCUGAAGAGUCUCAAGGUCAACAUCCUGGGCAAACCAAGUGACUUGCAGACAUUGCCUCUAAAAGAAUCGGAUGGGGAGCUUACAAAGGUCUCUAUUCACGCGCCUAGUUCGGCGCAAUCCUUACCACAUUUUUUGGUACACAGUCACUCGGCAACUUCAAACAGAGCAGAUGUUUAUCAUAUCGAUAUGAAAAGUGGUAGCAUUAGCAAAGCAUAUGAAAUCCCCAAGCUUGCAGGCAGCGGUGCUUUCUCAACUAGCUCGCAAGCUGCCGACGUCUACUUCACUCGCUUUACCGAGGAAGAGACUUUUAUCUUCUCUUCAAUGUCUCAUGGAGUUCUGGGCAGAUGGCCAGUUAAAGCAGAGAAGCAAAAUGACCGACUUCGAUUUCUCUACGGUGCAUCAGAGGUAGUCCAUAAAGCUCCUGAUUUUUAUGCUGUAAGAUCAGCUAUGGUGAGCGCGGAACAGGACUGGGUUCUGGUGCGCAAUGGUGCUGUAGCUUGGUCUCGCGUCGAGGGUCUCUCUGGUGUUGUGGCUGCUGAAUGGGCUGAAAUCCCAGCCUCUGAAUCGUUGGCAGAGACACUUGAGGCAGAAGCUCACAGCAACCCAUUGGAAGCAUAUAUUCAUCGAGUCAAUCGUCAUAUCAACGAUUUACAAUACCUUCCUGCAUACUUGGAAAAGUUACCAACCCGAAUUUUAAGCGCUAUCUUACCUGGAGAUUUGGUUACAUCGAAUGAAAGUGUUUUAGAACGAGAUAACUUUGGUUUCAACAAGUUAGUUAUCGUUGCAACCCAAAGAGGUCGUUUGUAUGCACUUGAUGCUGGAUCUCAAGGGCGUGUCGUAUGGGGCUCCAAAGCUUUUGAUAUACCAGCUGGCAAGAAGUGGGACGUUAGGUCCAUAUUUGUCAACAAUGCUAAAAGUACAACAACCGUUCGAGGUAGUCAAGGAGAAUAUAUUAUCGUGAACACUACAACUGGAAUGGGACUUGAGGCCAUAAACCCUGGGCAGUGGCCAUCUGUUCAGAGCGCGGCUGUCGUUGACAGCAACCUUGGCAGGUGGGUGUUACCUAUUGGUACCAAUGGAAAUCCUGGCGAUUUACCAAAAGAUUGGGCACCAAAGGAAAUGCUUGUGGUUCGGGGUGAGAAUGGCGAAGUCAAAGGUUUGAAAUUUGACAUUCAAGGUGCUGAUGCCAAACCUCUCUUUACCUGGUCAUUUCAACCACCUUCUGGCCAAAGGAUCGUCGAGGUAGUCUCUAAACCCGCACAUGAUCCAGUUGCGUCAAUUGGGCGAGUUCUUGGUGAUCGUACAGUUAUGUACAAAUACUUGAAUCCCAACACUGUUUUGGUUACAGCCGUCUCCGAUGAAUCCUCAAUUGCCUCCUUCUAUCUUCUUGAUACAGUUUCUGGCGAUGUCCUCUAUUCUGCAAAUCACGAAGGUGUGGACACCAAGAAACCCAUUGCCUCUGUUUUCACCGAGAACUGGUUCGCAUAUUCUUUAUGGAGCGAUGAAUUAUCAACCACCACUUCUCUACAUGGAUCAAAAGGGUAUCAGCUUAUCGUCACUGACCUUUACGAGUCUCCUAUUCCAAACGACCGCGGAACCCUCGGCUCGAAUGCGAAUGCAUCAAGUCUUGACCCAUCGGACGUACCAAAUGCUGGCCCAGUUCUUCCUCAUGUUAUUAGCCAAUCAUUCGUGGUACCUGAAGCGAUAACCCACAUGUCUGUUUCCCAAACCCGCCAAGGGAUUACUACUCGUCAACUUCUUUGUACUCUGGCAUCCAAUUCCAUCAUUGGUAUUCCACGUUAUCUUCUUGAUCCCCGUCGACCAGUUGGCCGAGACCCUAUCCCUGCCGAACAAGAAGAAGGACUUCUACGUUACUCGCCUGUCAUUGAAUUUGACCCCAAACUUAUCAUCAGUCAUAAACGUGAAGUUCUUGGUAUCAAGGGUGUUAUUACCAGCCCUGCUAUACUAGAAAGUACUAGCCUGGUUUUCGCAUAUGGAAUUGAUGUUUUCGGAACAAGAGUUACUCCUAGCGCUGCUUUUGAUAUUCUAGGCAAGGCGUUCAAUAAGCUGAGUUUAGUGGCUACUGUUUUGGCAUUGGGAGUUGGUGUUACAAUUUUAGCGCCUAUGGUGAGGAGGAAACAAAUCAAUGGCAGGUGGUUGAAUGCAUGAUGAUGAUGAUGUUAUAGAAUUCUGUAAAUUAUGAUAAUAUAAGGAGGGUUAAAGGGGUUACUCACAUUAAAGAUCCGGAGUUCACUCAUGCCAUUACGGAGUUGCUAUCAACCACAUGAAAUGAUAAAUAAUGUUGAUUUAUAAUUUUGGCUGACAUAUUUUCACGCUGUUCCACUCCGGCAGAUUUGUAAUUAACUUUAUCACUGCCAACGUACUUUGUUCCCCCGUUUAAUCUAUAUCUUGGGGCAACACACAUGGUAUUAGCAUUCCUCGGAUGAAAAUUAAACUUUUUCUUCACCUUGCCCCAGUAUCA